AUGUCGAAAAAGAAGAAAGGCCGUGUGUCUAUGGAAUUAACUGCAAAAGAAAUUGAUGUACUCCUAAAGGCUUCACAAAUUAGCGAAGAAGAAAUCCAGCAUUGGCAUGCAAAUUUUCUUCAUCAUUGCCCAUCGGGUCGAUUAGACAAAAAAGAAUUUGUUGAAUAUUACAAAAAAUUGUAUCCACGAGAUCACACUGCUAAAUCACUCGAAGAUAUUUUUGAUAUGAUCGACGUCAACAAAGAUGGUCGAGUUGAGUUCAAUGAAUUUUUAAUCGUUAUAGCUAUGACUGAUCAUCUUAACGAUUUAGAAUCACGUCUUUCAUUUGUAUUCGAUAUGUGGGAUGAAUCAGAAGAUGAACUUAUCGAUCGAAAUGAACUGACUAAUAUGAUAUCGACCAUUUAUGAUCGUGCUGGUAUUAAGAAUCGAAAAGGUGAUCAACAUCCGAAAAAACGUGCAGAAGAAAUAAUCGCUAAACUCGAUGUUAGUGGCGAUAAGAAAUUGAGUAAAGAAGAAUUUAUUAAUGGAUGUAAGAAUGAUCCAGUUAUUCGUAAUUUACUUGCCCCUAGUACAUGA